AAACCAAAUAUAAAAGAACAAAAUUUAUGAUAAACAUGGUCAAACGUUUCAUAUUUUGUAUUUUGAAAUUAAAAAAACAUGUUGUACAUAAAAAAUGAAGAUACAUUUGCAAAAUUUAAAAUGUGAUACUUGUACUGAUCAAACAAUAAAGUGUAUUAACAACUUUAAUAUUUGCUUUAUUAGAGUUUGGAUAAAAAUAUUAAAAUAAUAUAUCAAUACAAAUAAUGGUUUUGAUUGCAAGAACGAUAACAUUUAAGUUAAAGUAUAAAAUUUCAGACUUUCAGGCCGGUCCUAGCCCAAACGGGCUUAGACCCAAAAUACCCAAAGUCCAAAUGGGCUUAGCCCGAAAGGCCCAAUUUUUUUGCCUUAUAAAAUUAAGCCCAAGCCCGGUAAUUUCUAGGACUAAGCGGGGUCGGACUGCGGGCUUAGACCCUGUGUAGUUGGAAGUUCAUAAAUAUUGGCUAAAUUGCAGAACAAAUGCCUCAUUCUCUUGUUUUAGGCUUUCCAGGAAUGUUGAACAAAAAGAAAAAAAAGGCUGUCCAGGAGUAUUCCAGGAGUAAGGCCCUGAAUUGCUAUAUGUUAAUCAGUGAAGACAAGGCCCAAAUGUACACUAAAUUUUUUUUUGAUAAUAAACAAAUGUAUAUCUAGCAAUACUGUGGUUUUGGCAAGCUGAAUCUUUUUUCCUCUAUUCAAGACCAAAUGGUCAUAAAUGUACACUAAAUUUGCGAACCUUUUUUUUCCAACAUUAAUCAUCAUGUUUAGUUUAAUCAGGUUGAGUCUGAUUUAUACAAUUAUUUAAGUACAAACAUGAAAAAGAAACGAGAAAGAGAUCGUGAGACGCAUAACCUUUCAACCUCUGGUCAACAUACAAAGGAUACCCACAAAAGGACCUCAGAAAAAUGGUAGAAUAAAUAUUACCCAAAAAAAGAAGAAGAUAAAAUUAAAACACAGAGGAAAAAUCAUAAUUAGUAUCAUUGAAGAGAAUAAAAAAAAACUCUAAUAAUGGAUUAAGAAAGGCUAAUCCUCACACUCUUCCCAUUUUCCUCCCUCUUAAUUUCCCCCAAAAAGACAAAAAAAAAAAAAACAGAAAAAAGAAAAAAAUUCAGUUAGAUAGGGUUUAAAUUUUUCCCGGUGAAAUGGAGAAACCUGGAGAUCACGCAACAGAAUCAUCGGAAACUAUUCCUCACAAAUCCAACGAUCUCGAGAACACAAAUCAUCCCGAUGAAUCGGAACACCAAUCACAUAACAACGACCAGACGGAGACGGCGACAACGCCGGAAUCGGAAUCUUCCCAGCUCAGCCUUCCCCAGGUGAUGGAAGCUGUGGACGAUUUCAUCCAAUCACUUUCCUCCUCCACCGAUCCGUUACAAGAGAUUCCUCCAGCCGUGGAGCCAUUCCCGGAGACGGUCGAUUCGUUGGUGUCGAAGAUGGAAUCCUCAGGCCUUGGGCGGGACGAAUCAGAGGACUCUGCAUUCAUAGACGCCGUUAACCGUAUUUCGAUUUCGGUUAUCAGACUGAGAGAGCUUAAUCUAGAUUCAACCCCGGUUUCUUCGUGGUUAAACCGGGCGAGUUCGGUUCAACACCGUGCCGUAUCUCUUCUCGACGAAGAGUUCCGCCAUCUUCUCGAUCGCUCCCGAGAAAAUAAGAAGAAGAACGGUGACGGUUACAAUCACGAUCAUUCUUCCAAUUCAACGCAUGAACCGGACCAAACCGGUUUACAUGAAAAUGAACCGAAAGAAACUUUCCCACCGGAAUCGAUAGCCACGCUGAAGAAAAUCGCCGGAGCCAUGAUCUCCGCCGGCUACGAAUCUGAGUGCUGCAUGUCGUACGAAACGUCGAGACGCCACGCGUUCAAGGAGGAGCUGAGCGAGAUCGGGUCCGACGGGAUCAACGUGGAAGACGUGCAGAGAAUCCCCUGGGAGUCUCUCCAAGGAGAAAUCGCUUCGUGGAUCUCAAUCGUCCGCCGCUGCUCCUCCGUGUUUUUCCCCGGAGAGAUUUCUCUCUGCAGCACCGUCUUCCCGGAACAAGACCACUCCCCGAUCCGCAAACGCCUCUUCACAGGCUUGGUCUCCGCAGUAACAAUCCGGUUCCUAGAUUUCUCAGGUGCCGUGGUCCUCACGAAACGAUCCUCAGAGAAGCUUUUCAAGUUCCUUGACAUGUACGAAACGUUAAGAGACUUGAUCCCAGCCGUUGAAGAAUCUGAUUCAGAUCUGAUCCAAGAGAUUAAACUUUCUCAGACGAGGCUAGGAGAAGCGGCAGUGACUAUAUUCGGAGAGCUAGAGAACUCUAUCAAGACCGAUAUAGGAAGAACACCUGUUCCAAGCGGAGCCGUUCAUCCACUAACACGUUACACGAUGAACUACCUCAAGUACGCAUGCGAGUACAAAGACACGCUAGACCAAGUGUUCCAACACUACGAGAAGGCUGAGACAGACGAAACAGAACCCGAACCAGAAAGAAACCAACGAGAAGACGACGAGGAGUACAAAACGUCAGCUUUCGCUAGACAGAUGAUCAGAGUGAUGGAACUACUCGACGCGAACCUAGAAGUUAAGUCCGGACUGUACAGAGACCCAUCGCUACGAUCUAUCUUCCUAAUGAACAACGGGAGAUACAUUCUCCAGAAGAUCAAAGGCUCUACGGAGAUAAGAGACUUGAUGGGACAAGCAUGGACGAGGAAAAGAUCGACUGAGCUUAGACAGUACCAUAAGAGCUACCAGAGAGAGACUUGGGGGAAGGUAUUGCAAUGUAUGAAUCAAGAAGGGUUGCAGGUGAACGGGAAAAUAUCGAAGACGGCUUUGAAAGAGAGGUUCAAGAUUUUUAAUAACAUGUUCGAUGAGAUUCACAAGACGCAGAGUACGUGGAUUGUGAGUGAUGAACAGAUGCAAUCGGAGCUAAGGGUUUCGAUCGCGGCGUUGGUGAUUCCGGCUUAUAGGUCUUUCUUUGGGAGGUAUAAGCAGCAUAUUGAUUCCGGGAGGCAUACGGAUAAGUAUGUUAAGUAUCAGCCUGAAGAUAUCGAGUCUGUUAUUGAUGACUUGUUUGAUGGGAAUCCAGCUUCUAUGGGAAGGAAGAGGACUUGAAAACAAUGAAAAUAUGACAAACUUAUGGUUACUUCUGCUUCUUACUCUUGUUUUUCAUCCAUCCUUCUAUGAUUAUUUUUCCUUAAGUUCAUGUUAAUAGAAUCAUUCUCGAUCUGAGACUACCAUGAUUUUUUUUUUGCUUUCUUUUUUCUUUUAUAUGUUGUUAUGUUUCAACUUCCUGUCCUAACAGGUUGUGACUGAAACUUGUUUAGAACUCAAUAAAAAGAGUACUCAAGAAUUCUCUGUUAAAAUAUUUGAGAGUUAUUUAACUUGAGUUGCAGGUGUUAAGACACGAAACUGUCUUCAAAAUACAUUUGAAUAUUUGUGUGUGUUUAAAAGAUGAUUUGAUUCGUGAUAAGUUGAUCUUGUGGUAAUACUAAUUUGAAGAUGUGUUAAAGAGGUUUCUUUAUAGCAAUUAUAUAUAACGAUUUUUUUAUUGAUGUUAUACAAACUUGGCUUUAUUGACGCCAUACAACCCACAAGCUUCAGACGUUAGUAGAAGCAAAAUAUGUAUGCAAACCUAGCUUUAUCAGUAACCUAAUGCAUGAUUUGCUAACUUGGAUCACAAGAAAGCAAUACAACCCUUUUAUCAAUGAAGACAAGGAUGUAUUAUUGAUAGCUGGCUUUAUUUGAAAGAAGUACAGAAAACAAACCACAUGUAAAGAAAUA